AUGUCUCAAGAAGAAAAGGAUUUGGAUGUAAAUAAAGCUUUUGAAGAUUUAUUAUUUGCAGAGGAAAUUGCACAAGAAUCAAGCUACGAAAAAGGUUACAAAAGUGGCAAAGAGCAAUUAUUAAAGGGAUAUCAUCUCGGAUAUCAUAGAGCUAGCAUAAUUGCUGCUCAAUUAGGAUAUUACAGUGGAGUUUUAGAACACUAUUUACAGAAUAAUGACACUAAUUGUGAAAAAGCAGUGGUGAUAGCCAAAAAGCUUUUAGAAGAUAUCCGCAGUACUUUUCCUGAUCAUCAAGACGACAAUUUGGAUAUUCUAAAAGCUGUAGAUAAUAUUAAAUUGAAGUAUGCCAAAUUCUGUUCAUUAGCCAAAAUUUCUCCACUGUAUCCUGAAGCAGAAAAACUUGAAUUUUAA